CGAAAGAAAACCGAGGCCAGGCGAAGUGAAAGCGGCUGAGGAGCGGCUCGGCUUUUCCUCCCCAUCCUCGUGCGAGAGAGAGGAAAACACCCCGGCGGGCGGGCGCGCGCGCGCUGCUCCGCCGCUGCCCCGACUCCAAACUUUGUUUUCGCGCCCGCAGCGCCCAGACCAGCGCGGGAGCUCCGCAGCGGAGCGGCAGGUUCGAGAGGCGAGCGAGGCAGGCGAGCUCGCGAGCCCGCGGACCGGCGGGCGGCAGCCGCGCUCACGGCAGCCCACCCACCCAUCCACCCCCUCGUUCCCCGCCAGCCGGCCAACUCCGCCCUGAAGCGCGCCGACGAGUGAGGAGCGGCGGGCGAAGGAGCCGGGAGGAGGCAGGAGAGCGGGGGGAGCCAGCGAGGCCGUCGCUCCGGCCGGAUCGUAGUCAGAGCUGCCCGGGUGGCAGGUCGCUCCUUUGGGGAUCUGCGGGCGCCUCUCUCACCUCUCCUUUCGUUGCGGGCCGCAGCGAGAGCUGCAACACAGGAAUAAUGUGGAACGUGUGGAUGGUGCUUGCCUUCGCCUUAUCGGCCUGCGUCUCGGGCGAGACAAGAGCAGAACUGACCUCUGAUAAAGACUUAUACCUUGACAACAGCUCUAUCGAAGAGGCAUCGGGAGUCUACCCAUUUGAUGAUGAUGAUUAUAUUUCUGGUUCAGGCUCUGGAGCUGAAGAAGAGGAGGAGGAAGAAAGCACAAUAAUGAUGACCACUAGUAUGCUUCCAAAGAUGCUACCAACGAGCGAUGCUCCUAGGACUGAGAGAACUACACUGAAAACAAAGAGCAAGGUACCUACACAAACAAAGUCACCUGAAGAGGUUGAUAAAAAAAUAGUCAAGCCUGAUGCAGAAAACAGAAAUGCUCAGAAUGAGCCAAUUGAAGAUACUGAUGUAUUCACUCGAAAACACUCAGAGAAUCUGUUUCAGAGAACAGAAGUUCUGGCAGCGGUUAUUGCUGGUGGAAUCAUUGGCUUUCUUUUUGCAAUCUUCCUUAUCUUGCUCUUGGUGUACCGCAUGAGAAAGAAGGAUGAAGGGAGUUACGACCUCGGGGAACGUAAGCCCUCCAGCGCUGCCUACCAGAAGGCGCCUACUAAGGAGUUUUAUGCAUAAAACUCUAAACGUAGUGUCUCUAUUUAAGAGACCACUGAACUUUUUAAAUAAAGCUUUUUUUGGCCUAGAAUAAUGAAGAACUUUUUUUUCAUUAAAGAGCCUUUAUGGCACCUUUAUGAUAAGAAAAAAAAAUCUCAUUAUAUUUAAAACUUUUCAUGUAUUCCUUUUAAAAAAUGUAAAAUAAAAUCUUAACAUAUUGCAGUAUUCUGUGAAUAGCAGUGGCAACAUAUGAUUUUAUAUAGCCGUUGAUGUUCACUGAAUCAUUUACAAAACUUUAUGCAUAAGUGGAAAUGAUUGUUUUAUCUGAUGGUUCAAUGAAAGUUGUUUAAUUUUGUCAGCAUGUCUGAUGACUCUCACAAGUUAGUUUUUAUUUCAUUAAUUUAUCUGUUCUCCAAAAUUAAAAUGAAAUGCCUUUUUGUAGUUGUCAUGGUGCAAUUUGUGUUCAUAUAAUUCAGAUAAUGGUAACUCUUAGUGUAAAUGUAUUUUUUCAGCUAUGUAAACCUUAACUUCCAUUUUGUAUAAAUUUUACUGUCAGAAAGUACAUUUUACACCUUGUUUGUUUCUCAGUGGUUUCUGUAUCUUGAUUGAAAUUUAAAGCAGCAAAUUAAUGUGUAAAAUUGGACUACUACUGCAAACUAUAUAGUUACUUCCCUUUACAAAACAAAUCUUUAUAGGAGAUCUUGCAGUAAGCUACUGACAAGCCUACAAAAACCCAAAGACUCUUUAACAGUAUUGCAAAGGGUUGCUGCAAAAUUUCUGUGGCCACUUGUUUUUCAUUUUAUUAAUUGCAAUUUGAAGGUACGAGUUGGAAUUCAAAACAAAUCUGAAUUUAUUGUUCUUUUUUUUAAAAAAAGCAUUUAAAGUAAAUGUCUUUUAAAGCCUUUGAAGUGCCUAUGAUUCUAUGUAACUUGUUGCAGACUGGUGUUAAUGAAUAUAUAACAUUAAAACAAAGAAAUGUUGGUAUUUUAUAAGCACAGACAAUUCUAAUGGUAACUUUUGUAGUCUUACAUGGAUAGACAUAAAUUGUAAUUUGGAAGCAUAAACACUACUGAAUAAAUCAUGUGGCCUAAUACUGAAA